UGAAUCGAGCAGAAAUCUCCCUCACUUAGAAAAAGAAGAAAAUACUCUUAUGUAGAUUUUACUGUGAGCGUUCUAACAGACAGUAUUUAGACUUUGAACACAGUGUCAAUCAUUGUUGAUAUCAUUUCUCCCAAUUCAGGUUUAUGUCACUCUCACCGGCCCUGCUGCCAUCGCCUGGAUUGCAGGACAGGAUUCCUCUGAAUCUCAAACUCACCAGUAAUUCUGCCACAUUGUCAACAAAUAAAGAUGGAAUCUACUAGGGCUGGGCGAUACGGCCUCAAAUCAAUAUCGAGAUAUAAUGAUCUACUAUACUCCUCACUUCUUUACCUGUGAUUCAGGCAAGUCAGACUAAUCUCUAGAUCAGGUCAAAGGCCUCAUAUAGGGCUGGGCGAUAUGGACUUAAAUUAAUAUCCUCAAAUAAAGAGCAAAAUGUGUGGUUGGGUUAAGGCAUGAGAAACACUUUGGUAAAUGUUGAUGUUUUAACACAAAUCCUCAUCUUUAACUUGAAUAAAGUAGGACUGCAACUAGGGCUGGGCGAUAUGGCCUCAAAUCAAUAUCACGAUAUAUUGAUCAGUUUACCUCGAUAACGAUAAAUGGACGAUAACUACUCCACAAGCUGCUCACCCCCUCCCGCAUUAACUUCGUCUACUUCAGCCGCUCCAACUUUCUCUCCGUCCUCCAUCUCCUCACCUGUCUUUCCCUCUUUGUUACAGACUGGAUGGGGUGGAGUAACGUCUCUGACGUAGGACAGCGUCUUAAAGGGACGUGAGACCAUAGCCUUCCUACACACAUCCAAAAACAACUUUGAUAGAUGUAUUUAUUUUUUUGACGCUGAAAAUACCAAUAUGGGCAAAAUUAUGUCUGUUAUUGUUGUAAAUCUGGUAUUGGUAAAUUUUUGGUUUACUGCCCAGCCCUAGAAUCUUCUCCUUAUAAUGGACAUAAUACAUAUAAUUUGAUUUUACACAUUUUGCUCUUGAACCUCAUCUAAAAACUUACAGGACUGCACACAAAUAAAAACGCUCCUGUAUUUAGUUGCUGAUUAACAUACUUAUGGGAGCGUUUUUAUUUCUCCAAAACCUGCAGAAAAGUUUAAAUUUUAUAAAAAAAGACGAUCCAUGUCGACCAACACGGUUCAGAGAUGUUUCAUUCAUUGUUGAUUCUGCGCUCAGUCUCUCCGUAAACCAGCUGAAGUUCUGGGUAACGUGGUGUUAGCGUCUGUCAUCACCACGAUGUCAUCAUGAUCACCACAACCUCCACCACAGUGCUAACUUCAUUCUUGGUAAUCUAUUUCUGUCCCCACCUCACCUCGCUCACUCAAAAAAAAAAAGAGCCUGAAGAGAUCCUUAACUGUGACAGCGCCGGUAAGAGAGGUUAUUAUGAUGUCAGCUCGGCAAACAUUGGACCAAACAGAACCAGCCAAACAGGCAGAACUGGUUCAAUUUACAUAACUGGUCAGAUCAUCCAUCUGCUGUUUGAACUGCCAACAGAGCCUGAGGACGACGAUCGAAACACCUGCCUAUUAUUAAUCUUAAACACACGGUUAUAUUCCUGUUUCCAUCUGAAGUUAUGAACAAGUUACUCUCUUCUGUAGAAAAACUAAAUCUGUUAUAUAAUAAUACAGAGUCAACGUCACUGUUACAGUUUUAUAGCCUAUAAUAUUAUUCAGCAAAAAUAAAUAAACUUUUUUAACAUUUACUAGAAAAUCACUUUUUUUUUUUUUUACGCUUUAAUAGAUUUAACAGAUAUAUCAUAUUUUAAUGCUGGUUUACUGCAAGAAUGUUGUGAAAAAAGCUGAAAGUUACAGUAUUUUACAGUCUUUUUUACUCCACUGAAAAAUUCCCCAUAUGUAUUUUUUUUUUUGGGGGGGGGGGGGGGGGGGUUAAAGGUUUUAAAGUUUAAAUUCAUGAGCAUGCAAACAGAAUAUUAAUAUUUCAGAUGUCUGUGAUGAUGAUCACUUUUACUUCUUUAGAUGUUUUAUUAUUUUUUAGGUUUAUUUUCAUAAUUUUAUGCCCCAAACUAAAGGGGCCCAGUCAAGGUGAAAGUCAAAAGCAUUGGUGCUACUGUAGAUGCCAACAGACUACCAGCAAACACAAUGUUUGCAGGACUUCUACAACGAGAAUAAAGUGACAUAGUCCAGGACCCGAGGGAGGACAGUUUAGCGAUGGCGCUACAACACGCUACAGCAGGUCCGUUUGACAAGAAACACUUCUGUUACAGACACUUGUCUUACUUUGUUAAAGCGGUUUACCUGUCCAGCAGAAAGGUUACAGGGUCACCAAGAUCCCCAAGCGUCCCCCAUGGUUUAUGUUGACCCGGCUUUGUAGCUCUUGUCCGGUCUACCUCCGUUUUAAGCGCCCGUUAUUCCUCCAGAGUCUCCGGUAUUUACUUUGUUUUCUUGCUUGUGUCGGCAGUCGUGGCCAAAGGAGGAUUCAGACAAUUUUCCGAACUUUCUGGUUGGUUUCUACUGUCCGAUAUUGUAGCACGCUAACUUUGUUUGGGCUCCUGAACGACACGGGGGAGCAGCGUCUGCCUCACAACCAAUCAGGUUAGAGGAGGCGGAGAACGGCUUUGUUUACAGUCAGAAAGAGCGGACCGCUCAAAAAUGUUCAAAUGUUGACCACACAGACAUAAGAGAACACAGAGAUAUCGAUAUAUUACCAAAUGUCAUCAAUAACUAAUAACUAUUGACUGAUAUUAAAAGAUUUUUUGUAAAUGCUUCUAUAACUGAUUCCUGCCUACCCCACCUCUGAGCGCCCCGGUCUCAACCAAGACCAGCACACCCCUGCUCCAUUGUGGUCCGUGUCACUAAACCAUAACUGCUUCUUUCUGAUUUCAGGCUUCAUCUGUCCUCUAAAUUCAUUAUUUCUCUGCCGUUCUGCUCACAGACAAACAUCACCAAAUAUAACCUCAUUUGCAAAGGUAAUCAGGCUUUAACAAACACACACAUUAAAAAGAUCCACAUUUCCUGCCCCUGAAUAUUAAACCUUCUAGGGUCGCAUGAAAGCUCGGGGUUGUUGUUCAUCUCCAUUACAAUGAAACAGGAGUCGCUGAGGAUCGGAUCUGAGAAGGCUUUGAUCAGCUGUGUCCAUUUAUAAAUAACUGUACAGCAGGCUAAUAAUAGACGCAAUAAUACAUGCCCCGCAUUGUUUCAGGCUGCCAAUGAGGAUAAAUAGAGAGCUCAGAUUAUAUUUGGGGUUUAAAGCCAGAGAGACCUUUUCACUGCAACAUGGCUGCUGUCAUAUGGGUGCGAGCAGACGGCCAAGUUGGCACUCGCUUAAUGGCAACUCCUGCCAAAGACACCCACUUAUUACCACCAAUGAUGUUACCUUUCUGUCUCACACCCAGGUCAAGGCUGCGGUCUCACACCGACACCGAGCUGGAGGCAGAGCUUUUGUCCUGCGAGGGUUUUACAGUUUGGCAGUCAGAAAUUAGUCAGGUGUUCGACUUUAAUGGCUUUAAACGGAAAGAAAUACUCAAAAAGAAUAAGGAAGGAAACAGGCUGACAAACUUCAGCAUGAGUCAUGAAACAAAAGUCAUCUCAAACUGCAGUUUAUGGAGCGUAAUCACACCGACACCGACACGCCUGCCUGAUUGAGCUGUGGUUACCAUUUUGCAAACAGAUGACUUUAUUUGUAGAAAAAACAAAAUCUGGUUUUGUUGGUUGUGUUUCAUGUUUCCGUCACACAAGUUUGUGUAAUAUAUUUAAGCUAGAAUGAAUCAUAUUUAACACAACACUUACUGAAAAUGCCUUCAGGAACUGUGGGAAAUAUGAGAGUUUAAAUGUAAAGACAGAGGAGAAGGAUUAUUAGCUCAAACUGGGGACAAAUGAUAAAUACUGUCUAACUGAUGUUCUCCAGGCAGCUAAGAAGGUCAUAACCAGAACUGAAAAUAAGAAAAAAGUCCCCUAAAGACAGAGAAAAAGAGGAUAUCUUAAACUGAAGACACACUUCAGAUUAGAGUUUUGGUUCCUGCGUUUACUAGUUUCUUAAUUUCAAGUAGAUUUGACUUUUUAAAACAAACAUAUUUAAAUUAGGGACCACUGAAGAUUUCCCUCAUUUGACUUUCCACGAGAAUUUAGAUCUGAGAGUCCCAAAAUACAUGAAAGUGAAAUCAAGUCAGCAUGAAAAACAAAACCAAAACUCUGAAACGAAAGGUUAGUUUAAUUAAGUCUACUUGAACUGUGGUCAAAAUGAUUUAAAUGAAAAAGGUCUAUUAAGUUACUGGAGUAAUCAGCUCUCAAAUUAAAGUGAUUGACUAAAGUGAUUAUGUUAAAUUAAGGGUUAUUAAAAGUUAAUGUCCGCCCUCCUCU